AUGGGGUCGUCCAAGCUCGUGCUACUUGUUGCUGCUGCCAUCUUGCUUGGUGUUGCUAACUGUGCAACCAGGCAGGUCGGUAUUUCAAAAGGUGUCUCCUCUCAAAUGGAGCACACAACAUCGGUAAGCGAGAAGAUUGAUAGCGACGAAAAACCUUUUCUGAGAUCUCUCAAAGAAACCAAGAGCGGCGCGAAUGAAGAGAGAGCUGUUAAUUUUUCUUUUUUGAAAAAUUUGAAGAAGAACGUACCAGGAGCGGAGGCUUUAAAAAAGGCAGCGGCCGCAAGAUCUGUCGCAACACAAGCGAAGAAGGCGAAGAAUAUGAAGCAAGCCGAUCUGUUCAAGCUGUCGGGAAUGAGAGAUCAUGAGAUAUUCCCGAAAUUUCAAGAGUGGAGACAGAUGGAGAAAACGUCGGGAGAAGCUGUAAAUGGUGUUUUUCAGGCGAUGAAGUCGAGUGGGAUGACGAAACAGGAAGCCAUCGCUAUUGGCAACCAAUAUGCACGUUGGCUUAGCGUCUUUUAG